AUUGAUUAAUGUCAGAUAUUGAAGAUUUAUCAUAAGAUAGACAAUCUUAUCAACGUUUACAACCAGAGAGAUAAAAAGAUACCCUACCAAGAUGGAAAGUAAUAUUACAUAAAAUUGAUCUUUUUUCAAUGAUUCCUACACCAAAGACAUACCCAGUUAGUACCAAAAGAAGCUUAAUAGGAACUUUCAUUUUUAUAUUCCUAUUUGCUAGUUAUAUUAUCUCUAGUUUUGUUCGUACUUAAUUUGAUUAAUCUAGUUUUUAUUAUUGACAAUGUUCCUAGAUUAAAUGAAUAUACAUAAUUAGAUGAUUCAACUUCUAUAACAGAAGGUCCUGAAAUUGCAAUCUAAUUUUUAUAUGGAAGCCCCUUUUAUGAUUCAAUUACUAAUAAUAGCUUAUUUAAUAUAUCUAUGCAAUAGGUUGUUAAAUAUUUAGAUCCAACAAAAGAAGAUAAUUCUUCUUAGUAAAUUCCUUUAAAGAUUUGCUAUAGCAAAUUCUUAGAUUGGAUGCCUAAAAAUGCUUCAAACUUAGCCUUUUUAUGUCCUAUGGUUCCUCUAAAUUUAUCUGGACAAUUAUAUUAAUCUCAGGAAUUCAUUUAUCCAAGAAUUUAAAUUGAUUAUUGUCCUUAUAAAGAUCCUAAGAAGAAUUGUUCAACUGAGGAAGAUAUUAAGAAAGUAAAUUAAACAUCUUAUUUAGGUAACUGCGGGAGGAAGAUUGUUUCUGUAUAUUAAAAGUUAAGCCCCUGAUGUUAAUUUUGUAACAGGAAAGGAGACAAAUGCAUUAACAUAUUAAGUUUUUUAAUACUUUUUAACACCUGGCUUAUAUAACAGGGCAGAAAUUGUAUUAUAAAAGUAAUCUGUAUCUAUGACUGGAGACUACUUAACUUAAUUUAAAACUAAGCAUGAAUAGUUCUUAAUAGUUAACAGAUAAUAUUUAUAUGUAACAAAUGUAACCUAUAAUGAUAUGAUAACAUAAAGGGAUUCAGCUAUUUAUAAGGGAUUUUAAAUAUAUUUAAGAUUAGAUCAAGAAGUCAAAAUUGUAUAAGUUGUUAAAGAUACUAUUAUUAAUGUUGUGGCUUAAUGGGGGGCAUUUUAUGGAGUUUUAGUUGGUGCUUUUGCACUCUACUUUUUAAAAUAUAAUUAAUAAUAGUUUUAUAAAAAGAACAAAUAAUGGUAAUCGAUAUUAUUAUAUAAGGGCUAAUUUUGAUUAAAAUCAGGUUUUGCAUGAGAGUAAGUAAUUAAAGGAAUCUGAAUUUAAAAGUUUAUAAGAGUGAAC